CUAUCUGCUGUCUCCGCCGCCUGCUCAUCACUCCAUCGAUCCCGCUAUCUCCUCGCCUCUCCGACGCAGUGACGCAGCCCAUGGCCAUGGCCACGCAAGCCUCCGCCGCCACGCGCCACCUGCUGGCCGCCUGGGCGCCGGCCAAGCCCCGGGGCUCGACUCUCUCCAUGCCGUCCUCCGGCGCCCGCGGGUCGUGCGUCGCGCUCCGGGCGGCGGCGGAGGAGCCCCCCGCGGCGGCGGCGGCGGCGACGGAGGAGAAAAAGGUCGAGGCGCCCAAGGGGUUCGUGCCCCCGCAGCUGGACCCCAACACGCCGUCCCCGAUCUUCGGCGGCAGCACGGGGGGCCUCCUCCGGAAGGCGCAGGUGGAGGAGUUCUACGUGAUCACGUGGACGUCCCCCAAGGAGCAGGUGUUCGAGAUGCCCACCGGCGGCGCCGCCAUCAUGCGCGAGGGUCCCAACCUCCUCAAGCUCGCCAGGAAGGAGCAGUGCCUCGCCCUCGGCACCCGCCUCCGCUCCAAGUACAAGAUCAACUACCAGUUCUACCGCGUCUUCCCCAACGGCGAGGUCCAGUACCUCCACCCCAAGGACGGCGUCUACCCGGAGAAGGUCAACGCUGGAAGGCAGGGCGUCGGCCAGAACUUCCGCAGCAUCGGCAAGAACGUCAGCCCCAUCGAGGUCAAGUUCACCGGCAAGAACGUCUUCGACAUCUAGAUCUAUACACGAUAAUGUCCAAUCUUGCUUGCUCUAGUUUUUAUCUGUCAGGCUUCAGUUGUGAUCGAUGUCAGGCUUCAGUAGUGAUCAUGCCGGUGGGAUCAGAUAAUCUCUUAUAUGUAUAUGUUUGGUCAUUUUGAUGUAUGUUAACAUGUUAAUUAUUUUAUAUAAUCGAUCGAUCAAUCAAUAUUAAUUAA